UAUGUUAUCGAAUUCGAAGGGACACAGAAUACUUCUCCGAUCACUCUUGGCUCCGGCCAAACUCAGCCACCGUCGCUUUAAAGCUCACGCGUUUAGCUUCAGAAGAUAAUAAAUCUACGCUACUGAACGCCACCGACCACAUCCGCCUCCGGAAUGUCGGCGGCGAAAUUCCAGCAGCAACCUCCCUCCGCCGCUGUCUGCACGCUCCGGCGCUCUCUCCUCACUGUCGCUAUUGUAACGCUCGUUUCCUUCACUUACGUCUCCCUCAAAUCGCUACACUCACCAUCUCUCCUAUCCUCCCCCACUACUACCUCUAUCGCCCGCUCCGUACAACCCUCCCUGCCCGAGGAUGUUGAUUACGGCGAAGGUGAUAAUGCGGAGAAAAGUUUGGUUGUGGAGAGAGAGAGAAAUGAGAGUGACGAUGCCGAUGUAUACCAUUUGCCGAAGGUUUUUAGGUUGAACUAUGAGGAGAUGUUGAAGAGAUUUAAGGUGUACGUCUACUCCGAUGGGGAUCCGAAGACCUAUUACCAGACGCCGCGGAAGCUGACUGGUAAAUAUGCGAGCGAAGGAUACUUUUUUCAGAAUCUUAGGGAUAGUAAAUUUGUGACGGAUGAUCCAGAUCGGGCGGAUUUGUUCUUCAUCCCGAUCUCUUGCCAUAAGAUGCGAGGAAAGGGUAUCUCAUAUGAGAAUAUGACUGUAAUUGUCCGGGACUAUGUGGAGGGAUUGAUGUCCAAGUACCCAUAUUGGAAUAGAACACUGGGUGCAGAUCAUUUCUUUGUUACUUGCCAUGAUGUUGGUGUGAGGGCCACUGAAGGACUCCCAAACCUUAUAAAGAACUCGAUUCGUGUUGUUUGCUCUCCUAGCUAUGAUGUUGGGUUUAUACCACACAAAGAUGUUGCACUCCCUCAAGUUCUUCAGCCCUUUGCCCUUCCUGCUGGAGGAAAUGAUAUAGAGAAUAGGACGACACUUGGUUUCUGGGCAGGGCAUAGGAAUUCCAAGAUUCGUGUCAUAUUGGCACGGGUAUGGGAAAAUGAUACUGAACUUGACAUUUCCAACAACAGAAUUAACAGGGCCACUGGGCAUCUUGUAUAUCAAAAGAGAUUUUACAGAACAAAAUUCUGCAUUUGCCCUGGUGGCUCUCAGGUCAAUAGUGCCCGUAUAGCAGACUCUAUACAUUACGGAUGCAUACCUGUGAUACUCUCUAAUUACUACGACUUGCCUUUCAAUGACAUAUUAAAUUGGCAUAAAUUUGCGGUGGUACUCAAGGAGAAAGAUGUCUAUCAGCUUAAGCAAAUCCUGAAGAAUAUAACACAAGAAGAGUUUGUCAGACUGCACAACAAUUUGGUCAAGGUCCAAAAGCACUUCCAUUGGAACUCGCCUGCUGUUAGUCACGACGCCUUUCAUAUGAUCAUGUAUGAGCUAUGGUUGCGACAUCAUGUUGUCAAGUACUAAAGUCCGAUCGCUCAACUCCAGCUCAACACAUGGCCAGCUUUCGCUGGCUGUGAAUAUGAAAAAACUUGUAUAUUACUACUGAGUUGCAAUUUGUUCAUUCGUUUGUGACAAUUUAUCAAAAAUGUUUUGGAUCUGCAGAUAGAAAAAAGAGGGAUUGAGUGCGUUUUUGUAUCGAUACUAAAAAUUUAGGUGGGAUAGGGCCCAUAGGGGUGCCCUAGUACACAUGCAUAUUCUUCCCAUUUACACUAUCUGGAAAAUACAGUAUGGAUCUUUAUGAGAUAAUGAUAGUUGAAGUUGAUGUACUAUAUGUAUUUAAAGGACUCAAAUGCAAGAAUUUUGGUUGAUUGAAUUUUA